AUGGCCUCUGCCGAAGAAGAGCGACAGGCCGCCGCGCCGCAAGGCGACUCGGGCAGCGCCAUCUACUCCCCGAUAAUGCUGUCCGUCUACGAUGCCAUGGUUCUCGGCGUCUCCAACAGGUACAUCUGGCGCUGUUCAACCGACAAGGUGCUCCUCCCACUCUUCGAGUCUGCCAUGAGCGAGCGCCACCUCGACAUUGGCGUCGGCACCGGCUACUUCCCGGCCGCAGUCAUUUCCCACCCCAGCUCCGCGACAAAGUGCAAGCGCCUCACCCUUGUCGACCUCAACCCUACGGCCCUGGAGACGGCGCGCCGUAGGGUCCUCCGCGCCGCCAAGCUGGCAUCAUCUCCCGUGCACGUGUCCGCCGUGCUCGCCAACGCGACCAAGCCGCUGCCCCUGCCAACCCCCUCCAACAGCGACAACGGCGGCAACAACAACGGCAACGGCGGCAGCAGUGGCGGCAAGUUCACCUCGGCGAGCAUCUUCUACCUCCUGCACUGCAUCCCCCUGCCACCCGGGACCAAGGCCACGCUCGUCCUCGACGCUGUGCGCGCGCACCUCGCCCCCGAUGCAACUCUCGUCGGGGCCACGAUCCUGGGCCGCGGACGGGAGGCGCAGCGCGGGUGGCUUGCGCGGGCCUGCCUCGCGGCGUACAAUUGGCGCGGGAUAUUCACCAACGCGGACGACGACGCGGAGGUGUUUGAGCGGGCGCUGCGGAGGGCGUUCGUGCACGUCGAGGUGUGGUUCGUGGGCGUGGUGAUGCUGUUUCGCGCGAGGGGCCCGAGGGAAGGGCCGUUGGCGGCGCUGGACGAGGAGCGAGAGGAGACGCGAGGUGGAGGAAGUAGCUGA